AUGUUGCGAUGCCGCAACACCCUUGUGGGAGACACUCUCUACUUCCACCGCACCUUGAAGUAUGCCUUGGAGUACCAGCUUGGUGCACAGCGCUUGUCUAUCAUCGAAAGGCCUCCACCGCCGGUGUCCCGAAGGGCCAUUUGGGUGAUUCCCAUGGGGGACAGUGGGCUGGGAUGCAUGGACAUCGAGGAGGACGAAUCAAGCCUCCAUCUACAACUAUGGUCAAGGGAAGCAGCUUCAGACAGUGAUGAAGUUGCACGAUGGACAAGGGGCAGGGCCAUAGAUCUUGAGGAACUGCUACCUGAUGGUGCCCUACCAUCUCCACGGUGGACGUCUUUUCCCCGCAGGUUACCGAGUGUACGAUUGCUUGGCUUUGCGGAGGGCACCGAUGUCAUCUUUGUGGGCACACGGGCUCGUAACCACCCCAACCCUCAUGCUGUCUAUAUGGUCCAACUCAAUUCAGGGAGGGCCAGGAAGGUGCUUGACCAAUGCACUUUCGUCAUUCCGUAUACAAGCUUCUGCAUUCCAGUAACUGAUGCCUCUUCUACAACUGAGGGGCCAGGAGAUAAUGCUUUAGGUGCAUGA